UGAAGAUUGAUCAUAUGAAAAUCCCCCAACUUCUGAAAUGGCGCUGGUUACGGUUCUAGGUUACCACACCUGGUUUCCUUGUCUUAUUUGCUCACCACUGAUUUUGCUCCAAAUAAUGUCAUCUCUCAGCAUAUAAUACAAAUGCCACUGUUCGAUAAUAUCAGGAAAUGUGUUAGUCGCAGACAUGGUUUGUCUCGUCGUGUGACUAGGGUGUUAUUCAAUGUAAAGAUUAGUGAAUCAUUUAAAUCACAAAAUGUCCCGUCUCAGAUUCGGGAUUUAUUGGUUUACAUUGCUCGCGAGGGAGUAGCUGUGACAGAUUUGUUCAGAAGACCUGGUAAUCCACAGGAUAUGAAGAAGAUUAUCGCCGAUCUUGAAGCUGGGAGAUUAAUUAAAUGGACAGAUUACAACUUCUAUACCCUUGCGAAUAUCGCCAAACGAUAUUUGUUACAUAUUGAAGGUGGGAUUUUGGGUCCUGAAGCUGAAGAGAAGCUACUUUCUACUCUUGACAUUCCCGACGAUCAAGCUCGUAUCGAAGCAAUGCACAGUGUGAUCGUUUCCCAACCGAAGCCUGUCCAACAGUUACUUGCUCUACUCUUCGGUAUCUGGUUUCGAAUGAUCUAUCAUACCGAAGUCAAUGCUAUGUCUGUGGAAGCUGUUGCUAAAUCUGUCGCUGGGUCUGUUUUCCCUAGCUGCACAACUACUCCAAGAAAAGUUGAACGAGCAUCCAAAGUUAUGGAGUACCUCAUAACGGGUUUUGCUUCUGCUGAUCUAUUCAGCCGUGAGCUUAUCGAAUAUUUCACGCUAGAAACAAAAACUAGCAUUUCGAGAGUAGAGAAGUUCAAGUACGAAUUCCGAUUUCCCAAAGACGUACCAAGAGAAAAAUCUGUGCGUCUUUUCGUUCGAAUGCUGUUGGAAGAAGGCAGAAAGCAUGGAUUUCACCUCAUUAAAGAUGCCGUAACCAAGGAGGUUUUCGAAAAAGCAGCUUGUAAUAACACAUCCACUCCGAACAGUAUAGAAAACUUGGGACCUAAUCAGGUCACUUCUGGGCCAGGUGAUAAUACGCUAGUUGAAAAUACUUCACCAAAUGUUUCGCACAUACAGAAUAUCAGUUCACAAAGUGAACGUUACAUAUCUGGAGAUGGGACUAUUUUAUAUACAGAGGCAAGCUCCACGCUGACACCUACUCUUUUAAGACGGGAAAAUCGGCCCUUUGAAAUAGAUACCGGAGGAUCCAACUUACUAAAUGCUCCCAUUCAACAAACAUCAGAAAAGCGUACAUGUGUUACUACAACACCUAUUGGAAAAACUGCACAUCAUACUCCACCAGUCAACUUAGAUCCAUUAAAAGCGCAUGACUUUUCAAAUCCUAUGACAACAGUAAACAACUCAGAUGAUCAGUCAAAGAAUUUCAAACUUCCCUCUGUUGUUCCAUCUACUCCAUCAGUUGGAAAUAAAGAAUAUAAUGCUAAAACAAAGAGUACAGCUUAUCGAACACCAUCUUCUCAGUCAGUUGGUUUUAAUUCUGUUAAACGACGUCAAUUGGAGCGUUUACAAAAGCGUUCUGAUUGGUUUCUUAGUCCCCCAGCUGGUUUACGCUCAUCCACUGGUUUAAUGCAUUUAAAUCCUAAUGCUCCUGGAACUGUACACGGUUUCACACAAACUGAAAAUAAAUUAAACACAUCUCAAACUAAUGUAAAUUAUCCUAUUGUAUCUGCUGAACCAAAUUCAUCAUCUGAUCUUGAUUCAUCUUCAUUGAUGGACAUUGAUCUAACUGAGGAGGUUAUAACACCAAACUAUGACAUUCAAAAUUUAAACCCACUAAAUAUUAAUGGAAAUGAUGUGGAUGUAAAUGUUAUUGGGCAAUUAGUAUUCACUGCUCCUGAACGAAUAUGGAAUUGUAGUAGUAUUAAUAACAUUAAUAAUGAUCCAUAUAAAUCAUCAUCAACUGUAACAGCUGGUUGUAAACGUCAUUCGCAUACACUUUCUACACCUGAACAUACCAUGUCAUCAAGUUCACCGAAUCGAUUGCCACCUCCCACGACAUCGACAGCAGCAACAAAUUGUCCUAACAAUUACCCCGUUAAACGUUCAUCGUUUCAACCAGCAAUAAUUGAAGAGAAGGAAAACUAUCCAGAGGUGGAAACACGAUAUUAUAUUGUUGAACGAUACUACGGUCCGGAACCUCGACCACCGCCAACAACUGUACUCAACAAUGUCUAAUUAUAUUCAUAACCAAGGACUACUUAAAGAAUAUUGUUGAUAUCAUGUGUAGAGGUGGGAGGUCUAAUUAUACUAUACCUAUGAUGUACAUUUCAGUUAUUUAAUUUAUUCUUUUUCCACAUUACAUGACCGUAUAUAUUGUUAUUCAUUCAUUCAUUCAUUCAUUCACACACUAACUAUUCGCAUGAUAAAACUAGUGAUUUUCUCGUAUGUUUUGUAAGCGACACCAACGGAAAAUUCCUUCUCUUAUUAUUAUUACUAUUAUUGUUAUUAUUAUUGUUAUUACUUCGUUUUUAUGUUGCUUUUUUUUACUGAUUUGAUCCAUAAACAUGAAAUUAUUGUUGUAUUAUUCACACAAUGUGCCUACUACUACAUACUUACAGGAAAUAGUCUAUAUCUAUUCGUUAUGACGAUAGUGAUCUGGUUGGGUUUUUUUGGAUUGCUUUUCUUAGCAGAAAAAGUCUAGUUAGAACCUUCAGAGAGUAAUGAAAUAACUCAGACAACAACAACAAGAAACAACAAUACCUUAUUCUCUAUUUGUAUAUAUAUACAUCUAUUAUCAUUGUUUGUUCGUCUACUUUCUUUUCUUUUCAAGUAUAGAAACCAUAUAGGUUUUUUUUAAAAAAAGGAAAAUUAAUGUGAAUUUUAUGUAACCGUGCAUUCUCUCUUAUGCCCUCCUCGUCAUGCUCUUUUACACCACUUGAAUAUUGCUUCUUCUUGUUGUCGUUGUUGUUGUAUUGUUUUUUUUCCUUCUCGUUGAGUGAAUUCAAUAACUCUGAACACAUCGCGUUAUUCGAUGCCUUCUUCAGAUCACUUUUUAUUUAUUUAUUCUCGUUGUUUUAUUCGUUUUUUUUAUUUUCUAGCGAGUUUUAUUUUUACUUAGUUUUAUCAAUUAAUAAUAAUUUUCAAUAAUCAGAUUAUACAUUUGCACAAAUUGCCUUUUUUUUCCUAUUUUUCGUUUUACAACAAAAUUCAAAUCUUUGCUAUAUCUUGUUGUUGGUGGUGGUAUCUUUUCCACGGUUUCUUGUUACUACUGCCUGUUGCUGUUAGGUAUUGGUUUUCGUUUCUUCACUCUGUACUUGCUUUCUGUUAUUCUUUCUUCCAGGUGUUGUUUACAGCCAGUUGUCAGUUUCGGGCCAAUAGAAUUGUUACACUGACAGUCCGGCCAGACUCACACAACCAUAAUCGCUUCCUUCUAACAAUGAUCUUUUAAAAUUACUCAGAGACAUUUUUUUUCUAAAAUGAAUCAAAAGUUGGUUUUACAUUUUACGUACAGUGUUAAAUUUUAAUCCGCUAUAAAUUCUUGGUAAAGAAUUGUCUCCAUGUCUUUAUCACUAUUAACAGUCAUGCUAUUUGCCUUGUUUAGUGUGUCAGUAUUAUUGAUUUACCGUCUCUGCAAGUGUAAACAAUCGACUGUUGUCGUUUUGUUAGAAAAUCUUCAUUCAACAAUCACUACCUUAUCUAAUAGUAUUUUUUAUUUUACAUGGUCGUUAAUUCUUUCUAUAAAGAAAUAUUUUUAUAUUUUCUCAGUAAUUCAACUUUAGAGAUCGGUUUUGUGGUAGAUCAUUCCCUCACUGCUCUUUUUACACCUGUCUAUCUGCGUAUUUAGUAUAUAUAAAUAUGAAUAUAACUAAUUUAUGUGAAGAAUUUGUAUGCAAAUAAUUUUCAUGAUAAAUGCUAUUCUCCAUAAUCUGUUCUUUUUUUUACACAUUCACUUAACUGUUUGCCUACCUGCCUAUUGUUGUCUGAUCAAUCUCUACUGUUUGUGUUUACGUUGGUUUGCGCGCUUGGAUUCUGUUUUGUUUCGUUGAUAAUAAAAAAGUUCAAAAAAAACAGUUCCUAUUUGAAAAAUAAACAUUCAUCCGA